AUGACCGAAGAGGAAGGCGACAACCGCACUACAAUGUUGGCGCUCGUCCACGAUCCAGCCACGGGCGGCCUCACACUAUCCGAUGUGCCAAUGCCCGUUCCGACGGGUCCGGACGAGCACCUGAUCCAAGUCCAUGCCGUCGCCCUAACUAACGGCGAACUGAAAUGGCCCGAACCAGCCGCACAAGAAACGCCCAUCCCUGGAUACGAGGUGUCUGGUACUGUUAUAGAGGCACCCAACAAAUCGUCGCCCUUCCAGCCGGGCACCGAAGUCUACGCGCUGACCGAUUUCAACCGCCAAGGCAACGCUUGCGAGUACGCCAUUGUCUUGACGGGCGAGCUGCGCCAAAAACCCGAGGCCUUGUCGUGGGAGGAGGCGGCCACGGUGCCAUUGUCGGCGCUGACAGCGUGGCAGGUCCUCUUUGUCCACGGCGGCCUGACAUUGCCAACCGAGCCAGUAACGCGGCCGCCGACGCCGCCACAAAUCCACGCCUCUCCUCCGCGACCACCAUCUCUCCAGCGUCAGCAUUCGCAUCCUUAUUCGAGGCAACAGUCACCGGCCUCGCGACCUUCAUCUCGCCCCUCGUCGUCCCACCGCCCGCGAAGCAUUGUUGUUGGCGACGACGUCAACGCCAACAAGCGUGUGCUGAUCACAGCUGCAGCCGGUGGCGUCGGGCUGUGGGCUGUGCAGUUGGCACGGCUUGCCGGCGUCGGGCACAUUACAGCGACCUGCGGUCCGGCCAACAUUGACUUUGUGCGGAGCCUCGGCGCGCACCGUGUGAUUGACUACACGACGCUUCGAAACACGGGAGAAGCAAGCAGUGGCAAUAGGAGUGCCGGCACGCGCGAAGAAGGCGGAAGUGGCCGCAACUCGCCCUCGACAGCCCACGGCCGCACACGCUCCAGCUCCCAGUCUCGCUACGGUGCCUUUUAUAGCAGCAGCGAUAAAUACGACUUGGUGCUCGACUGCGUCGGCGGCGACACUUUGAAGCGCGCCUGGACAAGUUCCCGCCAUGGCGGCACGGUCAUCAGCAUCGUCAUGCCGCCUGACAAGCUGCGGCCCGAGACGGGCGUGGGCAUGGACGUGCGCGGCGUCUUUUUCAUUGUCCACGCCGACAGCGAGCAGCUGCAGGCGAUUACCGACCUGAUCGAGACGCGCGCGGUCAAGGCCGUCUUUGACUCUGCCUUCCAGCUGGAGCAGUACGAGGCAGCGUUUGCCAAGGUCCAGAGUGGCCACGUCCGUGGCAAAGUCGUUUUGCGGUUGGCGUAA